AAAACCGAAAAAUAAAAUAAAGGUAUAAGAGAAAAUAUAAAAUGCCGAUUGUGCUGACGGAACCUGUCGGACCACAAGAGCAUCUAGAUCUUACAGCCGAAAGAAGUUUCCUCUCUCUCUCUUUCUCUUUCUCUCUCAAUCCUUCUCUGAGAAAUUUGCGGAACGAAAUCAACGAAAUUCAGACAUGAAUUGUGCGAAACAAAAGGGAAAAAUAAACCAAACCCAAACAAAUUCAGUGAAUUCACCAUGAAAGCUCAUUACUUGAGCUUCAAUAUUGUCAUAAUCACAAUCAUCUUCUCACUAUCUCUAUCAAAAAAUGAAUCUGAUCAUAACACAAGAAGAAUUCUCCAUCAACCAUUAUUCCCAGCAAGUUCAGCUCCACCACCAACACCCACCCUGUCACCACCACCACCACCACCCUCUACCUCCGACGGCAACAUUCCUUUCUUCCACGAAUACCCAGAAGCACCACCAUCAGAUCAAAACCAAGCAGCACCGAUAACAUCAUCAAACGCCACAACAGCAAAUCCAACGGCAACACAACCAGCAAAAGGAACAAAAAAAGUAGCAAUUGCAAUUUCCGUUGGAAUUGUAACGUUAGGAAUGUUGUCGGCACUAGCUUUCUUUUUAUACAAACACAGAGCAAAGCAACCUGCGGAAACACAGAAGCUAGUGUGUACUAACCCACACAGGAACAACAACAACAACAACAACCAACAACUACAAGAUUCAAAUUCAACUGCUCCAGUAGUACCUUCUAAUUUUCUCUACAUUGGAACUGUGGAACCUUCCAGAAGGUCAACCACGGUCAACGAAACGGAAAAGCCGAACCGAUCGCCUUACCGGAAACUUAAUUCGGUUAAGCGAUCUGAUCGGUAUCGACCUAGCCCAGAAUUGCAGCCAAUGCCGCCUUUAAGUAAGCCUCUUGAUGGAAACAACCCGCCGGCGAUUUCGCCGUCGUCGUCUUCCGACGAGGAAAGUAACGAGACGACGUUUCAUUCGCCGGUGAACUCGUCGUUAAGUCAGGAAGACGGAUUUUACACGCCGGUUUCACGUCAGAGUUCUCUCGCUAACGGUAGUCCGGCGAAGAGAGAGAAUCAUUCGACGACGGCGACACCGCUUCCGAUUUCGAAAAGAAGUUCGCCGAAAUCUCGUAUUUCUUCUUCGUCGCCGGAUGUUAGACACGUCAUCAUACCUUCGAUCAAACAGACUCCACCCCCGCCGCCACGUCAGCGACCGGAUAAUAAACUAUUAACUUCCGGUGGACAUUCAAGAAAGCCAAAAUUCUCAGCGCCGCCACCACCUCCGAAUUUAGCGCAUCUUCAAUCAACAACGAAUGCAUUUUCACACGUGUCUAAAACUUCCCUUAAUCGUCCACCUCCACCGCCGCCACCGCCACCUCCUCCGCCGAUUAGAAAAACAGGGUCACCGGCGGUUGAAGGUGUUUCAGCUUCUAAAUCUAUAAAGACGCAACCUUGGUCUAUAAGUGAAGAAGGUGGUGAUUCUGGUAAUAGUGUAACAAAAGGUUCAGAAUCAGUUUCAGUUUCCGAUCGUGUUGAUAAAAGUGCGAGUUUGUUGAGAUCUUCCGAGAGGCUUGAAAUUGAAGCCAAUGAAACGGAAGGUGGAAAACCAAAGUUGAAAGCUUUGCAUUGGGAUAAAGUUAGAGCUACUUCAGACCGUGCUACAGUGUGGGACCAAAUAAAAUCAAGCUCAUUUCAAUUAAAUGAGGAUAUGAUGGAGUCUUUGUUUGGCUGCAAUGCAAUGAAUUCUGCUACAAAACCAAAAGAACUUCCUAGAAAAUCAGUUCUCCCUUCAGCUGAUCAUGAGAACAAGGUUUUAGACCCUAAGAAGUCUCAAAAUAUUGCUAUACUGUUAAGGGCACUGAAUGUGACAAGAGAUGAGGUGUCUGAUGCUCUUUUGGAUGGAAAUCCUGAAGGUUUGGGUGCUGAGCUAUUGGAAACCCUGGUAAAGAUGGCUCCUACAAAAGAGGAAGAGAUAAAAUUAAAAAACUAUGGCGGUGAUCUCUCGAAACUUGGAUCUGCAGAAAGAUUUCUUAAAGCAGUGCUUGAUAUCCCUUUUGCUUUCAAAAGAGUUGAAGCUAUGCUAUACAGAGCCAACUUUGAUUCAGAAAUCAACUACCUCAAGAAGUCUUUCCAAACACUGGAGGCGGCAAGUGAGGAAUUAAGGAACAGUAGGUUAUUCUUCAAACUCCUUGAAGCCGUUCUCAGGACAGGUAACAGAAUGAAUGUCGGCACUAAUCGAGGUGAUGCUAAAGCUUUCAAACUCGAUACACUCCUAAAACUUGCAGACAUAAAGGGAACAGAUGGAAAGACCACAUUGCUCCACUUUGUGGUCCAAGAGAUCAUUAGAUCUGAAGGUGCAGAAUCUGCAAAUGGAAGUAUACUUCCCAACCAAAUCGACUCCAAAUUUAACGAGGAAGAUUUUAAGAAGAAAGGAUUGCAGGUUGUGGCUGGUCUCAGUAGAGACCUUGUUAAUGUAAAAAAAGCAGCAGGAAUGGACUCGGAUGUCUUAAGCAGCUAUGUUACAAAGCUCGAAACAGGGCUCGAUAAAGUGCAAUCAGUUUUGCAAUAUGAGAAGCCAGAUAUGAGAGACAAUUUCUUUAACUCCACAAAGCUCUUUCUGAAAUACGCUGAAGACGAAAUUGUGAGGAUCAAAUCUCAUGAAAGAGAGGCUUUGUUUCUUGUAAAAGAAGUUACCGAAUACUUUCAUGGAAAUGCAGCAAAGGAAGAAGCCCAUCCUCUAAGAAUUUUCAUGAUUGUGAGAGAUUUCUUAAACAUAUUGGAUUUGGUUUGCAAAGAAGUGGGAAGGAUGCAUGAUAGAAUUGUUGGUGGUGCUUCAAGAUCCUUCAGAAUAGCUUCAAAUGCACCAUUACCUGUUCUUAACAGGUACAAUGGAAGACAAGAUAGAAGUUCAGAUGAAGAAAGCUCUUCCCCUUAGUAUUGUGAAUACCAAAAAGUAACAAUAGCCUCUCAAAAUAACAGUGAAAGUAAAUGAAUGUUUUUGCAAAUUAAGAUUCUCAUUGGGUUUAAUCCCAAUUUCACUAGUAGUAAUAGUGAAGAAAAACAACCUUCAUUGAAACCAAACAUCAAACACGUUAAAUGCAUGUUCAUGGUAGGGAAGAUAAAGUGAACAUACCGGUUAAACAAUUUCCUGGUUUACUGGCUACCAACAAAGGUUCAUGCCAUUGUUUUGUUUCUUCCACUGCAAUAUACGUAUGCUACAAGGAAAAAUAGGUGGCAUUAGAUCAUAGACAUAGUUCAAGUGUUCAGCACAUUUUUAAUGAUGUUAAUGUUUUGAUUUACGUCAGAGGCUCUAUAUGUAUUUUUUUAAAAACAAUUAUUGAUAAUAAAUUAAAUACUAGGCUGUUUUGCAGCAAUUUCUUUA